AUGGUGCUGCUGCUGGUCAUCCUGAUCCCGGUGCUGGUCAGCUCGGCCGGCACCUCGGCGCACUACGAGAUGCUGGGCACCUGCCGCAUGGUCUGCGACCCCUACGGCGGCACCAAGGCGCCCAGCACGGCGGCCACGCCCGACCGCGGCCUCAUGCAGUCCCUGCCCACCUUCAUUCAGGGACCGAAGGGGGAGGCCGGCCGGCCGGGCAAAGCGGGGCCCCGCGGCCCCCCGGGGGAGCCGGGGCCGCCCGGCCCGGUGGGGCCGCCGGGUGAGAAGGGCGAGCCGGGGCGGCAGGGCCUGCCGGGGCCCCCCGGGGCGCCGGGGCUGAACGCGGCGGGGGCCAUCAGCGCCGCCACCUACAGCACCGUCCCCAAAAUCGCCUUCUACGCCGGUCUGAAGCGGCAGCACGAGGGCUACGAGGUGCUCAAGUUCGACGACGUGGUCACCAACUUAGGCAAUCACUACGACCCCACCACCGGCAAGUUCACCUGCUCCAUCCCUGGCAUCUACUUCUUCACAUACCAUGUGCUUAUGCGGGGCGGCGACGGCACCAGCAUGUGGGCCGACCUCUGCAAGAACAACCAGGUCCGAGCUAGUGCCAUCGCUCAGGAUGCCGAUCAGAACUACGACUAUGCCAGCAACAGCGUGGUGCUUCACCUGGAGCCAGGGGAUGAAGUCUACAUUAAACUAGAUGGAGGCAAAGCCCACGGAGGAAACAACAACAAAUACAGCACCUUUUCUGGAUUUAUUAUUUAUGCUGACUGA